UGUGUGUUUCUCUCGUUGUGGGGGGGAGUUUUGUUAUUGUUAUUGCUUCCCGUGCUAUUGCCGGAAAAGGUACGUCCAUGUGUGUGUGUGUGUGCGUUAAAAUUCGGUCCCACUAAUAAGGCAGAUACACACAACAACAGUGCGGGUAUUCGCUUCGGUCCCAAAACACGGUCCCAGCCGCCCUGGGUCCCAGCAGCAGCAGCAGCAGCACGGGCACCUACACGGACCUUCCCCAGGAGGGUUAGUUGGUGGGAGGAUGAAUUUUCACACAGUGAAUGAAAUCGUCCCAAGAAAGUGUUUGGGCUCCCUUUUUCUUCUGACCAGCGAGAGUGUGUGAAUUUUCCCUUAUCUAACCGGAAAAACGGGCAGUUAAGUGUUGGCCAUAGUUGUUGGUGGAACCCCGGGUCCCGGUGCAGUUAAAACGCGGAGCGGUGGAAAGGUGUGAAAAAGGACCACAGUUUAGUGAUUUGGUGCAGCUUGUUGUGUGUGGCUGUGUGUGUGGUGCCAUUUGCACCUGUGUGUCGUGAAAAAUUACAAUUACAACAUCCUACAUUCACAUUCAGUCUCUGAAAUUGAGUAAAGUAAAGGCAAAAACGCAAUUGUGGAAAAAACAACAUUUUCUCCCUCGGAGUGUGUGUGUGUGUGUGUGUUUGAAAAUUUUAGAAAAAAACGAUUUCCGCCUACUAAUUUGCCGUCACAUAAAAUAUGAACCGUUUAACCAGCAAAUCGAUAUCGCCCACCACCAUCAGCAGUGGAUGGGAGGGCUGCACCGUUACAGACACGGUGCACGAUUGAGGCGAGGAGGCGGCAAUGUCCACCGAACGGGAACUGACUCCCGGAACAACGCAGCAGCUGCACCCACUGUCCUACUCGGAUAUGGCCACACACAUUCAACUGAACGGAGUAAUAAUGGGCAAAUCAUUCAAUGAAUCACCAUGGACUUCUUCGCCGCCAAGGCCUCCAAGUCCGUCUCAGUCGCAGACCAGCUUCGAUACACUCUCACCACCUCCGGCUGGGGCGACGGUCAACCCGACCACGGUGGCGACGACGACGGGUACGCAGGGUGCGCAGGCACUCGGUGUCGUGCCGGCCACACCGCCGGCACCGCCGGAUCUACCGGUCUUCACAUGCCCGCGCCGGCCCAACCUGGGCCGGGAGGGCCGCCCGAUCGUGCUGCGGGCCAACCACUUCCAGAUCACGAUGCCGCGCGGGUUCGUGCACCACUACGACAUUAACAUCCAGCCGGACAAGUGCCCGCGCAAGGUGAAUCGCGAAAUCAUCGAAACGAUGGUGCACGCGUACAGCAAGAUGUUCGGCGCGCUGAAGCCCGUGUUCGACGGGCGCAACAAUCUGUACACGCGCGAUCUGCUCCCGAUCGGGAACGAUCGCGUCGAGCUGGAGGUAACGCUGCCGGGCGAGGGCAAGGAUCGGGUGUUCCGCGUCACGAUCAAGUGGGUCGCGCAGGUGUCCCUGUUCAACCUGGAGGAGGCGCUCGAGGGCCGCACCCGCCAGAUACCGUACGAUGCGAUACUGGCGCUGGAUGUGGUGAUGCGCCAUCUGCCCAGCAUGACCUACACACCGGUCGGACGCAGCUUCUUCAGCUCGCCGGAUGGGUAUUAUCAUCCUCUGGGCGGUGGUCGUGAGGUGUGGUUCGGUUUCCACCAGAGUGUCAGACCCUCACAGUGGAAGAUGAUGCUUAAUAUUGACGUAUCGGCUACCGCGUUCUACAAGGCGCAGCCGGUGAUUGAGUUCAUGUGCGAGGUGCUGGACAUCAGAGACAUCAACGAGCAGCGCAAACCGCUGACCGAUUCGCAGCGCGUCAAGUUCACCAAGGAAAUCAAGGGGCUCAAGAUCGAAAUCACCCACUGCGGUACGAUGCGGCGCAAGUAUCGCGUCUGCAAUGUGACGCGACGACCCGCACAAAUGCAAUCCUUCCCGUUGCAGCUAGAGAACGGCCAAACGGUCGAGUGUACGGUGGCCAAAUACUUCCUCGACAAGUACAAGAUGAAGCUGCGCUAUCCGCACCUGCCCUGCCUGCAGGUGGGCCAGGAGCACAAACACACCUACCUGCCGCUGGAGGUGUGCAACAUCGUGGCCGGCCAGCGCUGCAUCAAGAAGCUGACCGACAUGCAAACAUCGACCAUGAUCAAAGCGACUGCCCGUUCGGCACCCGAUCGGGAGCGAGAAAUCAACAAUCUGGUGCGGCGAGCCGAUUUCAACAACGACGCGUACGUGCAGGAGUUCGGUCUGACCAUCUCGAACAACAUGAUGGAGGUGCGGGGCCGUGUGCUGCCCCCGCCGAAGCUACAGUACGGUGGGCGCGUUUCCAGCAUGAGCGGACAAUUACUCUCCGGUCCACAGAACAAGGUGAGCUUAGCAUUACCAAACCAAGGGGUUUGGGAUAUGCGAGGCAAACAAUUUUUUACCGGCGUCGAGAUACGCGUGUGGGCGAUCGCCUGCUUCGCGCCCCAGCGCACCGUGCGGGAGGACGCGCUGCGCAACUUUACCCAGCAGCUGCAGAAGAUUUCGAACGACGCGGGCAUGCCGAUCAUCGGGCAGCCGUGCUUCUGCAAGUACGCGACCGGGCCGGACCAGGUGGAGCCGAUGUUUAGAUAUCUGAAGAGCACGUUCAGCCACCUGCAGCUCGUCGUGGUGGUGCUGCCCGGCAAAACGCCCGUCUACGCGGAAGUAAAGCGCGUCGGCGACACGGUGCUCGGCAUGGCGACGCAGUGUGUGCAGGCGAAGAACGUGAACAAAACGUCGCCCCAAACGCUGUCCAAUCUCUGCCUGAAGAUCAACGUGAAGCUUGGUGGAAUCAACUCGAUUCUGGUGCCAUCGAUCAGACCAAAGGUAUUCGACGAGCCGGUCAUCUUCCUCGGCGCUGACGUGACGCACCCGCCGGCCGGCGACAACAAGAAACCGUCGAUUGCGGCCGUCGUCGGCUCGAUGGAUGCGCAUCCGUCCCGGUACGCGGCGACGGUGCGCGUCCAGCAGCACCGGCAGGAGAUCAUCCAGGAGCUGAGCAGCAUGGUGCGCGAGCUGCUGAUCAUGUUCUACAAAUCGACCGGCGGGUUCAAGCCGCACCGCAUCAUCCUCUACCGGGACGGUGUGUCCGAGGGCCAGUUCCCGCACGUGCUGCAGCACGAGCUGACGGCGAUCCGCGAGGCGUGCAUCAAGCUGGAGGCCGACUACAAGCCGGGCAUCACGUUCAUCGUGGUGCAGAAGCGGCACCACACGCGGCUGUUCUGCGCGGACAAGAAGGAGCAGAGCGGCAAAUCGGGCAACAUUCCAGCCGGCACGACCGUGGACGUGGGCAUUACGCAUCCGACCGAGUUUGACUUCUACCUGUGCAGCCACCAGGGCAUUCAGGGUACGAGUCGCCCGUCCCACUACCACGUGCUCUGGGACGACAAUCACUUCGAGUCGGACGAGCUGCAGUGCCUAACGUAUCAGCUGUGCCACACGUACGUCCGGUGUACCCGAUCCGUUUCCAUUCCAGCUCCUGCCUACUACGCACAUUUGGUCGCAUUUAGGGCGAGGUACCACUUGGUCGAGAAGGAGCACGAUUCGGGCGAAGGAUCGCACCAGAGCGGUUGCUCAGAGGACAGAACGCCGGGCGCGAUGGCCCGCGCCAUUACCGUACACGCCGACACCAAAAAGGUUAUGUACUUUGCCUAAAUGCUGGGCAAAGGCUUCAUCGGACGACACACGCACACAUACACACGCAGUUUCAGUUUGGCCGUCGUCGCCGUCCGAGCUGCUGCUGCAGUGUGCAGAGGAGAAGAAGAGGAAGAAGGAUAUGCAUCCCGAAGUCACUAAAACAACAAAAAAGCAGUACCGAAUCCAACGCGCGCCAGCUUGCUCUGUUGGUGGUGAUGAUCCAGCAGCAGCAUCAUCAACAAUCAACAUCGGCAGCAACAGUAGCAGCCGAAGCGGUUUUAAUCGUAAAUCAAAUUCAAUCAAUCACUAUGCUAUCGAGAUCUCUCACGCGUUUGUCAGGUGUAACGCAAAACCCACUGAUGCUUUAAUUUUGUACCCCGGAUGAUGAUCCCGAAUGAUGUUGGCAAGCUUUUACGCGCAAAACCCCCCCGAACACGUGUGCGGGCGCGUAGUUUGCAGUGCUCUGCUGUACCAAUAUUGAGCGGAAGCAAUCGCACGAGAUACUGUAAUGUGUAGGGGGGAGUGUAGGGUAACGGAUUGUGCAAUUGUGCAGUUAUCACCUCAUUGCAUCACCACUACCCAGCGAGAUAAGUAUGUUCUAGCAAAGCGCAAGAGAGGUGUAGUAGAGUAGAGAGAACAGUCUCGUCUUUUGCAACAGAUCGUUGCAUGUUAUCGUGUGUUUUAAAUGUUUAACGUGUCCUUAUAUUAUUUCAUAACGUAUAUGCAAACCUUUAGUUUGUAAAACGAUUCGCUUCCUUACGAGCUCUUACCAGUAGCAGAUGCUGAUGAUGGUGUUGUUGGUGGUUGCGUGUGUUUAUGUACGUAGGAAACAAACCCCAGAUUAAUUUGGGUUUGCAGUGAGCUUUACGUUUUUACGUUUCCUUUUCUUUGACAUCGUGCAACAACCAAUACAAACAACACACUAUCAAUAGACUCUUGUUGAUACACAAAAACACACACUUUACGCUACAAUCAGUGCCCCAAUCACGUUCAACACCGCAAAAUCGCGCGGUGGGGGAAGGCGACCACCAUCAUCAGUGAGACAAAUGGUGUGAAACGUUGUAUUUAGUCGGUAAUAGUUUAGUACAAUUGUGAAAAUACAAGGGAUUUUUUUUACGUCUUAACAUCGACUGUCACACGCUACCAAUUAUGAAUUUGCUCGUUGUGCGGCUUCGGCGGCUCUGAACCCCCGAAGUGUUCGGGCGGAGGUAUCAAAACGAGUUAUGUUUUGAGUUCGUCAAAUAAGCUGCUUUUUUUACUAUUGGUUAAAUUUACUGGAAGCAAAUAUCCAAUAUAUUAUGACAGCAUUAGUGUAGAAUGAGUACAGAAAACGAGAUGAAAGAGAUGUAGGUGAAUAAGGUUUCUUUCUUUUUUCGUUAGCGGGAUAUGUGAAAGAGAAGCAAGCUUUCCGUGUAUAAUUCAUUAAAUGAUAAUUUCCCACUGCUCAAAUGCAAACCAAUUUGCAACUACAAUGCCAUCCGUUCGGCAAUAACAUGCUGCUGGUGGUUUAAGCUUCCUCUACGAGAUCUCCCGCCCCUUCGGCGUUUGGAACAGAACAGUCUCUACCACCGCCUCCAUGAGCCCAGCCCAAGGGGUUGAUGAAUCAUUUCGCCUCUAGAGUUAUUAGUAGAUACACGCGCUUUUAUACACUAGCACAAGCUCUCAGUACUACUACUACUACUUACCAGUAAGCUUCCCCCACUCUCAGCACACACACACGCCAGCACUGUAAAAAUAGUCAAAAAGGUUUGCUCGUUUCGUGUGCUUACUAAGCGCCAUUUUGAAUAGAUUUGAUCUAAAGCAUAACGAGCAAAAGCUCUCGAUGUGUUGUGUGGUGUGCGAAACACGCACCUCAACACGAGUGCCGGGAAUUAGACAGACAGUUUAAUAACACUCAAUACACUCAAACACAAUCAAUUCUUCAACUUGUUGUAUAUACGUGUAAGGAAAACAAAAUCUCGUCUGCCGCGGGAAAGAGCAUCGAAUAUGCAGGGGGGAAGGGGGACCCCCCCCCCCCCCUUUGAAUGCGCCAACGAAACAUCAUCAUCCAAACUUAAGCGAAACAAACUAAAGCUGUUCGGUACGGUCACUAAUGAAUGCGGUCAAAUCAUAGAUUCUUAAGACGUAAGACGAUAAGAGGGAACUCAGCAUGAAAAAAAAAAACAUGAAUAAUGCUUCAUCAAACCCCCCGCAGUGGUUUCGUGGGGGAGGGGUAGCACUACCGGAAAGGUGUAAAAUAUUUAACACAAUGUAAACACAAUUCUUUUUACAAACUCUGAUCACACAACACAACACUAAGCUAUAGAGAGCCCCCCACACAAAACGUGGUUAUGUAGAUGAAUUUGUAGUCAAAUCCAAUCAAACCCCUCUCAAUGUAUGGAGGCUUUUAUCAAUGCAAAAUGUGUCAAAACUGUAUGUGUGUCACGGGCGGGAGUAAGAAAAGAACGGACAAAGGAACGGCGACAGCUACACAAUUUAGGGUUUGUUAGGGACAGCAGCGAGCCAGGUUUAAGAUGUGUUCUGUUCCGUAUACAUGUAUGUGAUGGUGUGUGUGUGACAGUGCGCAGCUGUAGUUUGCAAAUUCGGCUGCUACACUUAAUCGUAUGAUACUUAUAAGAGGUGCAAAGCGAUUGCAGCACGCGAACGAUACACAAACCCCCUCACUCCGCCCCUUUCCCAAAAAACAACAGAAUCUUACCAUUGAGCGAAUGAACAACCCACCCAGAGCGGAUAGAAUGCUCACACUAAAAAACAACCACGCAACAAUAAUCAGAUCAGAUCCCAUUUCCCAGGCACCCACAGGUGCCCUUUUACAGGGUUUUCGAGGAUUAUAUAGACAUGUUCAGCGAGUUGUAGAUUCGGUCAGGCAUAUAAUAGACUCUUUCAGCGAGAUAUAGAAUUGUUCGGAAGUAGGCGUUGACAUGUUCAGCGAUUCUGUAGAGCUGUCAUUUGUUUUGUUUACACGCUGUGCCGCAGGGUUCAAUUUUUCAUUCUUAAAAGUCCUAAAAGUAGCUAAUAAUCAUUCUCCAAGCUGUUUAAUACAUAAAUUAGUUGAAAAAAGCAUAUUUUUUCGAAAACCGUUUGUUUACCUUCUGAUGAGAAUGAUCCAACUUGCAGUCCAAGGGGUACGAAAGUGACAGCUCUACAGUAUAACCGAACAUGUCUACACCUACUUCCGAACAAUUCUAUAUCUCGCUGAAAGAGUCUAUUAUAUGCCUGAACGAAUCUACAACUCGCUGAACAUGUCUAUAUAAUCCUCGAAAACCCUGUAAAAGCUACACCCGCCCCCCAUUACACCGUUUUUUUAGUUUUGCCUGUGCAGUAGUAGCAUCAGAUUGUAUUGUCGAUUCGCACGAAGGUUUCAGUAAACGUAUGAUGAUGAGGAUGAGGAAUCAACCUGGCAAAAAAUGGGAAGUAAGCUUUACUCGCUCGCUCGAACCUCCUGCGCACUAGCGUGUUUAAACAUACAUUUGUAGCUCCCUUCCUUCAUACACAUUAGCAGCAGGCAACAUCAGUCCGUGCUAGUGUGCGGUCUUUAUAUAUUAGCUCUAUAUGUACGUACAUUUAUAUAUGUUGCUUGCUUCACUCGGAAAGCAUCUCUAAAGUGGGGUAGGAUUUAAUGUUGACAAACAAGGAGAAGGAGUCUAGUAGCGUGGAUGGAAAACAAAACUGAUAAUGAGCAUGAUGGAUUUUAAAAUUGUGGUGUAUGUUUUUCGGGGACGAACUGUGUGGACUGGGGCUUCCUUUUUUUUAUUUAACACACCAACGCAAAGCCACCAACCAAACCAGUUCACGCACACACACACAGCAGUUCGUGGGUAAAAUUCAGUUAUUGAUUCAUAGCAGCAUCACCCAUUUCGCGUAUAAGCAAGAGAGGAAUGAUUCUAAUGUGAAGUAGAGUUGGACAUCGCGUGAAUAUCGCAAUAAUAAGCAAGAUCAUCAGAUGAAUUGCGUGCGGGCAAAAUGACUAGACGGAAGUAUUUAGGUCAGCAGCAUCUCGAUAAAAGCAGCAGCAGCAGCACGCAUUCGUCGAAACAUAGAGUUAUAACAAACAAACAAAAAAAACACACAAGCGAGACACAUACAUACAUAUAUAUAUAUAUAUUAGUACGGUGGUCCAUGUGCCACCAGUAAGCUGAAACUUCAGACCGGGAAUUAGAUUGUAAGGAUCGUAACAAAUAAUAUGAAAAAAGGUAUAUUAUACAUACAUUAAUUGUAAAUGAUUAAAUCUUAAAUGGCGGUCACCAAAUUGCUAAUUUUUCUCAAAACGCGAUCGCUCGCGGCGGUGGUGUUUUGGACGCACACUUCACGAGAGAGACGAGAGGACAUUACAUGGCUUGAAACAUUACCCCCAAUAAUCAUAUCGUUCGCGUAUUGCAGGGAGAGAGAGAGAGGGGUGAUAUCGAACGGUUAGAAUGACUCCAUCAAUAGAUUAGAAAUGUGUUUUCCGUUUUGUUUGUUUCUAAUUUAUAAAGCAAACAGACGUAAACACAAACUCUACCGCAACUGAGAAAGGUUUCUCCGACAAAAAAACAAACCCAAUAAAACACUGACAAAUACACCACAACGGAAGCGGUAAGGAGAUUUUGAUUUUGCCAAGCCUUUUGCAAGGGCUUACACAGGGACGAGUUGCUAAAUAUGUUUUUAGCUGUAAUUACGAACUGCGCUUGAGCACAAAAGGUGCGGCCAGCAGUGAUGAUGGAAGGCUCGAGAAGAUUAAAAUCUCCCCUUCAAUUUGAAUCAUAAACUUUAACCGACCGAUGGUCAAUUCUAAUCUCUCUGUCUAAUGAUCCAAAUCACAAAACAUAAGCGAAAACAAAAAGAAUAAAGAGUGAGAGUGAAUGACCAAAAAGAAGAAAAGCACACAAACACACCCCCACACACAGAACAAAAGAGUGGAAACAAAUUUUUAGCAAAUUUGAAUGUGAAAAGCAGCGUUUUGUUUAACAAUUAAUUGGGCUAAAAUGAAUGAAAAAGAGUACGUAACGGUGAGUGAUGAUAGCACAUAACACGCAACGCAACCAACACACAACACAGUGACCAAACACACAAAAAAAAAAACGUACGCGACAUGUUUUCUUUUAAAAGAAAAACAAACAAACAAAAACAAAGAAAGUGGAAAAAGAACCGCAAGACAAGUGAAAAGAAACAAAUAACUAUAUUCAACUUAUACAAGGGAUUUAUAACAUAUUAAGGUAGUCAAAAAGAAGAAGAAAAACGGAGAGGAAAGAGGAAGUGAAGAAGAAGCAAACACCUUUGCAAAAAUCGAACAUUAAAGUAUGAAAACAAUGACCCAUUAACAGGCAAAAUUGUAUUUUAGAUAACAAAAGCAACUAAAAUAAUGAAAAAAACAGAGAGACAUGUGUUUAAGUGGCAAGAUUAAGCUAAACAAGAAGUAAAAAAAAAACAAAAACUAGCAAGUAAGACGAAACAAAGCAAAGCAUAAACUUUAAAGUGUAAAGGGAAAGAAGAAGGAAGGAACACAAAACAUACAUUAAACAUGUGAGAAAGUAAGAGAAAACAAAUUGUCAAAGCACACAUUCAAAAAAAAAAAAAGAAA